AUGCUUUUAAGUGGUACAGACAAUCACAUAGCUGGUGUUGGUCAAAUGGGUGAAUCUGUUAGACAGUUUAAUGAGGAUUUGAAAGACAAACCAGGGUAUGAAGGUAUCUUACAUCAAAGAGUUGUGGCCUUAUCUGAAAUUUUAAAAGAAGAAGGUUACUUCAACACUAUUUCUGGAAAAUGGCAUCUUGGAUUGACAGAUGAGUCAAGUCCUACCGCAAAAGGUUUUGAGAAGUCAUUUGCAUUGCUACCGGGUGCUGGGAACCACUACAAAUACUUUCCAUUGGAUCCAACUACCGGUGAAACACCAAAUAAUUUUUUACCACCAUUAUUUGAACACGAUGGGGAAUUAUUUCAUGCUGGAAAACAACCUGGUCAUAUUCCAGAUGAUUACUAUAGUACCAAGUUUUUUACUGAUAAAUUAUUAGAGCAAUGGAACUCAACUGAUCGUAAGGGUCGUCCAUUUUUCAGUCUUUUGACAUAUACAGCCCCUCAUUGGCCUUUACAAGCACCCCAGGAUGUCAUUGAAAAGUAUAAAGGAGUUUACGAUAAAGGCCCAAGAGAACUUAGAGCUGCCCGUUUGAAAAAGGCUACACAAUUGGGAAUUAUAGCACCUAAUACUGUUCCUCAUGAAGUUCAUGUUAAACAUGGAUCUUGGGAAACUUUUGCAACAGAUAGAAAAGAGCGUGAGAAUAGAAUCAUGGAGACAUAUGCUGGGAUGGUUGAUGUGUUGGACAAACAAAUUGGUAGAGUUUUAGAUAAACUAGAGUCAGAAGGAGAGUUGGAUAAUACUUUCAUACUUUUCAUGUCAGAUAAUGGUGCUGAAGGUGCAAUAUGGGAGGCAUUUCCUCUGAAUGAUCAUAUCGCAUCAUUAUCAAACCAAUACUACAAUAAUAAACUAGAAAACAUUGGUAACAAGAACUCAUUUGUUUUCUAUUCAGACGAAUGGGCGCAAGCAGCUACAGCACCAAACUUUAUGUAUAAGUUUUAUUCUGCUGAGGGUGGUAUAAAGUGUCCUCUUAUAGUAUCUUACCCUAAACUGAUUUCUCAGAAUGCUGGAAAAAUUUCAAACUCUUUCUUAACAGUUAUGGAUAUUUUACCAACGGUACUAGAAAUAGCAGGUGUCGCACAUCCAGGUGAAGAAUUUAAAGGUAGAAAAGUUUCAACCCCGAUUGGUAAGACAUUCACUGGUGUUUUGAAAAAACCUGACGUUGAAAUCCAUACAUAUGAUGAUUCUAAAGCUAUUGGAUGGGAAUUAUUUGCACAAAGGGCUAUAAGAAGAGGUGACUGGAAGAUCACAUUCAUUCCAGAGCCUUUUGGUAGCAACUCGUGGGAAUUAUAUAAUGUGAAGAAUGAUCCAGGAGAAACACUAAAUUUGGCAACCAAGGAGCCAAAGAUCUUUGAAAAGUUAAAACACGAUUGGGCUAUUUAUGUUGCUGAAACUGGAUUAAUUGAAGUUUCCAUAAAUUCAGAGAUAAUAGCUAAAUAUCAUGCUCUUGAAAAUUCCAUUUUAGAAGAUAAUUUUUAA